GGUUAUGAUUACUCAAGAGCUGGUAAUCCCACCAGAGAUUGUUUUGAAAAAUGUGUUGCGUCUUUGGAAGACGCCAAGCAUGGUAAGGACUAAGGCGCUAUCUCUUCUGCACAAAUUUUAAUUCUCUAGAAAAAUAGGAAACAAUGAUGUGAUGUGGAGGCAUUUGAAAAUCCAUCACUGUUGCGGUUUUUGCCGAAGGAGGUAAAGUGUGUCACCAAUUGAAGACCCGGGCAAAUACUGGAUAAGCUUUAGGCAAAGUCUAAAUGUUGUAUUUAUCCAUACAGACCUGUUAUACAUACCUUUCGUUUUACAACUCACAAACCGUACAAGUAAGAAAUAAUUUUGAAUAUAGAACUUGCCAUUCAUUUUAUCCCUGCAGGCAUUGCAACAGCAUCUGGCUUGGCUGCCUUAACAACGCUAACGCACCUUUUACGUGCUGGUGAUCACGUGGUUGUUUGUGAUGACGUUUAUGGAGGUAGAUAUGAUAAUAUCCAACAUUUAAGAACCUAGGUUAUCUCACGUUAAGCCUCGUUUUCAUGUAAUCAGGACAGUUACGAGCAUGUCAAGGUGGCCGAUGUGAAAGAGGCUCAAUCUAUCGCUGAAAACGUUUGCUUAAUGCUUGACAGCAAAAUUUGAACAAGGCAAGGCCUAUUCAGAUAAUAUUUUAAGGUCAAUUCCAAAAUAUUUACAAUAUUGUCCCAAACAUUGUUGUAGGAACCAAUAGAUAUUUCUCCAAGGUUGCAUCCAGAUUUAACCUAGAGACGAGUAUGGUUGAUGUGACAGAUGUGGAUAAAUUGCAACAAGCGAUAAAGUCCAAUACAAAGGUGAUAGAGAGUUUACGACUUUGUUAUUUUCUGAUGGUGCGGUUGAAAUGGAAAUUUUGUUGAAUUAAGAUUGUUCGUGUUGAAAUUCAUUAUGCAUGGCGUUGAAAGGCGGCUAAAUUUUACAAUACCCGGGUACUCUGAAAGCACAAGUUUCGUUUGUGACACUGUGAUCCGCAGUCGGGAGGUUGAUUUUUCAGGUUUGAGGUAGACAGUGGUUAUCGACUGCAGCACCGCGGACCAUGAUGGUAGUCAAAUCAAGAUAUGUUGAAGUCAUGUGUUAAAUAUUUCCAUUGAUUACAUCAGUCAUCACGGACCGCUGCGGAAUUUGGCAUUUUGAAAGUGGCCGGGCAUUGUAUACAAAGUUGCUCCAAAAUGGCGAUCACAUACAAUAAACAGAUUCACAUUGAUUGUUUCUGGAGGACCUAAAACCUAGGCUUAUUCGAGACGAAUAAAGCAUAGAGGCACAUGCAUGAAUAAUAGAUUAUCAUAAUGUGUUGUGUGUGUGACAGUGGAUAUCCCAUAUAACAAUUUAAAUUUAUUAAGGUUUUACAUCAAAGGAAAGGCAUGAAAGUUCAACUAGUUAAAAAUGUCUGUUCGAGUGUACCAUCUAAAAAUCCUGGUAAUACCAGUACAAAACAAAACUGCAAAACAUCAGAAUACUGAGUAUAGAAUAGUGUAUGAUAAGCGUGCAUGUUAUCACCUUAUUAUAGUUCCAUAUUGAUUUAGUUCAGUGUACUCUUGACAUGGUGUAUCCUGCAUGAUAUUAUCUUGUUUACGUGUUUCGGUAUAUCCAAUAUUCCAAUUCAUUUAGCAAUCCAAGUUCUCCUUAAAUUUUGUCUAUAGAUGUUUCCAAAUCUCUUCUUUGAGCCCGGUUGUUUUCUGCCUCCCAUUGGAUGAACUCCAAAUAGAUCUCCGGGUAGUUUUGCAUAACAAAAUUGGCGAAACGUCUAAGUCUAGUCAGUUCAAUAAGUUCAUCACGAAUACUCUGGCGGUAACGCCGGUUAUUCCUGUUACAUCGGCUUCGUCGAUCCAUUGCUUUGCUUUGCUGCGUAGCCCAGGAAUGGAUUUGGAUUCGCGUCCUUCUUACAACAAGUAUAUGUGAUGUGGUCGAAAUCAUUAGAAGUUUAGUGCGUUUUUUAUAACUUUGAUAAUUAAUGCAAAUUAUAGCUAUCGAUUGUUUAACGAUCUGCGAUGCUUACCGCCAAUCAUUAUGAGAGCACUAUAAUUAGUAAUUUAGUGUACGGUUAUUGACCGCAAAAGAAAACCCGCAAACUUCUAGUUAUUUGAAAAUAUAUAUUCAAAAUCUAUACUCGCGUGUAUUUGUUAUUGGAGGGACAUAUUGGUGGAUCUGGUGUCUAUUUGCGGAAUUAUAAGUCGCAGAUGUUAAUGAGUAUUGUUACGUAUGAUAUCGAGAUCGCCAAUGUGAUUUUACUAAUUAUCUCGGGAUUGUCUAUUGUGACUUUCAUGAUAAUGAUCUCGGGAUUGCCUAUUGUGACUUUAAUGAUAAUGAUCUCGGGAUCUCUAAAUGACGUACCUGAUAUCGAGAUCGUCAUUGUGAUUUUAUUAAUUAUCUCGGGAUUGCCUAUUGUGACUUUCAUGAUAAUGAUCUCGGGAUUGCCUAUUGUGACUUUAAUGAUAAUGAUCUCGGGAUCUCUAAAUGACGUACCUGAUAUCGAGAUCGCCAAUGUGAUUUUACUAAUUAUCUCGGGACUGCCUACAGUAUAUUGUGACUUUAAUGACAAUGAUCUCGGGAUCUCUAAAUGGCGUACCUGAUAUCGGGAUCGCCAUUGUGAAUUUGAUUGAUGAACUCGGGAUCGCUAUUAUUCCAUACUGUAAUCUGCCGCCUCACUCUUCAGCCCUGGAAGCACGUGUUGGCAUUUGUGCCAUAGCAACGGAACUAAAAUGGUUGAAAUGCGGACACUUAGUGAAUAAAGGUGCUCCUUUUAUAGCACUAUAUAUAUAACACGGUGAAACAGUGCUUUUUCGAUAUAUGAACAACCUUACUCUAAACCUACCACAACCUUAACACUGUGUAUUAAUAAAUUUAUGUAUGUCGUCCACCCAUGCCAAUACUUCAUAUGGUAGAAUUCACUUAGUAGACUUUCUACAAGUCCGCCUCCGAAUUUUGCCCCAGCUUUUGGCAAGCGAGUAAAGUUGAGACCCUUAUGUUGAGAGAAGAGUAUUGCGCGAAUUAAAAAUGACAUUUGAAAAGUCUAUUGAUGCAUGAGGCGGACAGUAUGAUACAAUUCAGUUAAGCCCAAGGCAAUGAACACAAAAAUGUGAUUUGGUGUCAGGAACUUCGGUACUUGUAUGAUAUUGUUGAUCAGAUCUAAGGAAGAUGAGGCCAGAGUAAAUUCUGUGCAGUAAAUAUAGUUACUGAUUUAAUUUUAGAUGGUCUGGAUUGAAACUCCUACAAAUCCACUGUUGAAAUUAAUUGAUAUUAAAGCUGUAGCUGAUGUUGCUCAUAAAACUGAG